AUGGAAUAUCGGGGCCUUAAGAAACAGGACGCGGUUGUAGUGCUUGCUUCUCGGCAAUAUACGUCAUGGCUGCAAGAUGAUAAGUUCAUGGCAGCAUUGCUGCAACCGUUCAACAACGGUCGCGAACUCAACGUCCUCGCUGCGGUAGUGGAUGGGCUUCACCCCCUUCGUGCAUUUGGCGAGAUUCCACAAGGAUUCUCAUUCUUUCAUGGCCCGAAGGAUUCGGUGAUGCCGACCCUAUGGCAGGAGGAAAAUAUUGGCGCGCAGCCUCCUAGCAAUGCCAAGUUGAACGCUGCCAUUAAAUUUUUGUUUGGAGGAAAGAGUGGCCAUCUCGCAUGCACAUUUCCUUUAGCAAAUACAAUCUUCCAGAAUGGCCUUCUGUCGACUCUUCUCGCUAGCCGCUGGCGUAUAAACGAAACCGGGGGACUGGACCUGGUCGAGCUCAAAGAGCGGCAAGCUCAGGAAGUCAACAUCUCCAACAUCCCCGAAGGGAACAUGCCCGAAGGGAGUGUGCGCAAGAACUCGGUCGAGGCACCUCUUUUCCCAAUCACUCCUCCGCGGAUGAUUGCGUCGGGCCUCGGUAACAUUAUCAGACAGGUCGAGAUAUUUGGCAAAGAGACGCCUGCUUCAGGGGAGCUUGAGACAGCUGUCCAGGAACUCCUUGACAGACGGACAGAAGAGGGCCACGAGCUCCCCCCAGGCCCUUUGGGUGUAUGGGGAGUCGUUUGCCCCCCUGGUGAGCACCAAGAUAGCUGCCUCGGAUAUUUGAAGGACUGGUUCGCGAAUACGAUCAAGGUACAGACCGCGGGAGACGAGUGGAGAUCAGCCCUGGAAAUGAAAGAGUCCCUCAAAUGGCUAAUUAAAAGGGGCGCCAGAGUCUACAAGAUUCAGAGUGGUGGGGGUGGUUGGGGGAAAAAGGCAGGCCUCCUUUCGCUAGAUCCGGAAACCAAGUAUUCCGCUUCUUCCGAGGAGGAGGAUCUCGACAUCUUCAUCCGCUCCUUCGCGAAUAGAAGAUUUGGCGACGCCGACGGCGUUGUCGGUCCGGGCUCGUACAUUCAAUACUUUGUCACCCCGCCCUCCAGUGCCAAACCGAAGAUGCCACCAGGAGACGUUUCGCAGUUCACCGAUUGCUUUGGAAUGACUGACGAUGCACAAUUGGAGGCGUCGUCUCUGAACCCAGGUCCGACGGAAUGGAAAUCCGUCAGGCAACAAUUCGGUGCGGUAACAAGCCAUGGGCUUUUCGUCGAAUACAGGCCGAGGCCCUCUCCUGGCAUGGAGACGAAGCUGGACGUGCCCGGAUCGUGGAUCGGACAUAUGGCACUGCCACAUGGACAGAGAUGGAAGAAUUCCCAACUCCCGCUUCUCAAUAUGGCUGCAAACAAAGAGACGCCCUCAAAGAUUGGAGUCGUCUCCAUCGGCGAUAUGGGAGUCGGCAUCGCCAAGCUACUAAUUGCCAAAGGCUUCCAGGUCGCGACAAAUUGCAAAGGCCGCAGCGAUGACACCCUCCAACGCGCCCGAGAUGCAAACGUAGAACUAGUAGACUCAGACGCAGACCUAGCAUCCCAGUGCGCGGCCAUCCUGUCUGUGGUACCCCCCCGCGAUGCGGAAGCCACCGCGGACCGCAUCAUUGACGCCCUCGCCGGCUCAUCGCGCGAGACGCCCCUCUACUUUAUCGACAUGAACGCCGUCGCCCCCUCGACGUGCAAGUCCAUCGCCUCCUCCUUCGCCCGCGCCCGCAGCCCCGCACGCUUCGUGGACGCCUGCAUCAUCGGCGCCCCGCCCAGGCUCAAGUCCGCCCCCAACGCCGGCACCAACGUCUCUGCCUCGGGCCCACAGACCGGCAGCGGCGACGACGACCCGGAUGCGUGGUACGUCCCGGGGAUGCCCAUGUCCGGCCCUCACAAGCUAGCUGACCUAUCGCUCCCGGCGACGGACGCGGCAUUCGGCGCUCGCCUGAGCGCCGUCCUGGGCGGGAACCAUAUCUCGGAGGAGAUUGGCGCCGCGAGCGGGCUGAAAAUGUGCUUCGCGUCAAUGUCCAAGGGCUUCACUGCCAUUGCCACGCAAGCUUUUACCUCGGCCCACAGGAUGGGCGUGCUGGACCACCUACGUGACGAGCUCGCCACCCGCCUGCCGGGCCACCUCGAGUUUGCCGAAAAGGGGGUCGUGACGAUGCCGCCCAAGGCCUACCGGUGGGUCCGUGAGAUGGAGGAGAUCAGCAAGACGCACGCCGAGGAGGGCGGGUUCGGGCCCGAGUUGUUCGUGGGCGCUGCGGGGGUCUACAGGUCCGUGGCGGAGGAUUCGCCCCUGGGCCAGGAAAAGAUUGGCAAGAGGAAGAGGGGCACGACGGUCGAGGAUGUUGCUGUGGCGCUGGUCGAAGGGUUCGAGAAAAAGAAGAAGAAAACGGACUGA